GCGGAUUCUUUUGUCCGAUGAUGGGCUCAGGCAUGCUGCGCGGUUAAAACGUAAAGAAGUCGAUUUCUGCAGCGGGGAAAGUGAAGUUUCUCCCUCGGGUUGAUUUUUGGGGGGUUACUGCGGUCGGUUUUUGCAGUAACCCCAGAAACAGCGCAACAAGUACUUUACUUUUCAUGCGCUCAUUUCGGUGCUCGGACGCUUGAAGUUGUGACUUUCAGCAGGAUUUCUCCUCAGCUGCCGAUCAGCCAUUGUGACCGUCAGAAAGGGGCAAGGACUUCUGCUGCAUCAGCUCCGUAUGAGGAAACAAACACUUGGAUGCUCCGUGAGGGAAGCUGUCCCGGAUCGACCAAGAAUGGAGUAGAAACACUUUGUUUUCUCGGGCUUUUAAAUGUGCCUUAAGUUUCUCAGCUGAACAAUAAUGGCCCGAUAGAUCACUUUCCGCAGGAGUUAAAUGUAAAAGCAUCUGCUUGUCGGAGGAAGCGGCUUGGUUUGAUAUUUGCCAUUCAACAAGUCUUUGCGUCCGAGGGAAGGAUGACAUCCCAACAAACCUGGGCUCAGAUCAUCACGUCCGCGUCCUUACUCUCCCUGGUCUUGUGCAGCGCGGUGCCAGAUGACCCAGAGGAAGAACGCUUCAGCGCCGAGGUACGCUGAAGGCUCCGUAGGGGAGAGACUGCCAUGUUGUUAUUUAAAGCGUUGUUGCUGCACAUUGAAACGAAUCAUCCUGCUUUCAACAGUCUCACUGCAGAAUUACAGAUUACAGCGGGAGCUCGUUUGACCUUUGUCCUCUUUCCAGAUAACAGCUCUGCAGGUGUGACCGACGUCCGUCAACAAGGAAACGAUUAGACCCGAGUGUUUCCUUUGAGUGGUAACAAUGUGUCUGAAGCGGCAUCUUCAGACCGCAGAGUGAAACUGUCAUUGUAAAAGUUUGAAACUCACCUGGAGAUGACUUUGAUGUGUUGUGUUACCUGUGAUUAUUUAUUAGUGAGUUUAUCCACCAAACACAACACGAAGGCUAAUUAAAUGUGUUUUUAAGCUCUGCUUUUAAAUGUUUAAUAGGGACAUUAUUCAAACCUGUCACGUAAACCACACUGCUGUAGGAAAGUUUCUCUCUGGCAGGUUUGGCCCGUCCGGCUUCAUAACGACACAUUUGAUUGGUUAAGAUUUGUCCUGCUAGCAAAGACCCUCUAAGGAUUUUCUGUCUCAGUGCGCACGCAUGAAGCCGCGUUGCAUGUGGUUUUUUUCGUGUUCUCCUGCUGAGGCACAUGUUACCUAACAUCAGGACCCUCCCCCCACCCAUCUGGAGCCAUCAUCCUGUUUUGCCUGUUCUGUGACUUCGUGGCUCAGUUUCAGUGCCAUCAAACAUGAAACGAAGAAGAAUAAUUCACAACAUGUGACGCUUCUUUCAGCAGGCACCUCAGGCACUCAUGCAGAGCUAUAGGUUUAGCUGGUGUACCCACAGGACUGACGUGCAAUUUAUUUAAUGUCAGUUUUCCCGUUUCUGUCACCGCAGGAACGCAGGAGCAGGAAUGUCCUGGUAUUAAUGCAAGCCAUCUGGUUUGUUUCUACUUUCUCUUUCCUCCCGACUCCUCAGAUGCUGCUCUUCCAACAGCUGGGGCUGUCACGCUCAUGUAUACACCAUGCACAAGCACAGAGACCUGCUAUCUUAAGGAAACCUGACGACCUCUUCUAUUUUCCUUCCACGCAGGCAUGGCUCCGUAAAUUCGGCUACCUGUCUCAAGCCAGCAGGCAGAUGUCCACCAUGCAGUCGGCUCAGAUUAUGUCCAAAGCUAUCAGCGACAUGCAGCGCUUGUAUGGACUGGAGGUGACCGGGAAGGUGGACUCUGCUACGCUCGCGGCCAUGCGGCGGCCUCGUUGUGGCCUCCCUGACAGAAAGCCCGAGGAUCUGCUUGACAGGAAGAAGCGCUACGUUCUGACUGGGCAGCGCUGGGACAAAGAUCACAUCACCUACAGUGUAAUGGACCAAAACAUGCCCCCGUCCCUGGGAGAGGAACGGACGUACGAUGCGAUCCGCAAAGCCUUCGGUGUUUGGAGACGAGUCACGCCGCUCACCUUUGAGGAGCUGCCACCUGGACACGGCGUCAACAGCAGCCAGACGAAGCUCGCCGAUAUCCUGCUGCUGUUUGCCUCCGGUUUCCAUGGUGAUAUGUCACUGUUCGAUGGCGAGGGUGGGUCUCUGGCCCACGCCUACUAUCCCGGACCGGGAAUAGGUGGGGACACGCACUUUGAUUCAGAUGAGCCUUGGACACUGGACAACGAAAACCCGAAAGGUAUAGAUCUGUUCCUGGUUGCGGUUCAUGAGCUCGGUCACGCUCUGGGUCUGCAGCAUUCGGAUAACCCCAGAGCCACAAUGGCUCCUGUCUACCAGUGGGUCCACACACAGAACUUCACGCUCCAUGAGGAUGACAUCAGAGGCAUACAGCACAUAUAUGGUCCUCCCCUCAUCACAGAUGCUUCGCCUACUUCUCCGCUCGCCCCUGACGAUGAACCCAGCGUCGACUCCCCCACCUCCCCUUCUGUCCCAGAAGAAGAGCCCACCACUUAUUCUCCAGCUGAUGCCCCACGCGUCCCGACGGACGCCGACCCGGAUCCUCCUGCCCAACCCGAACCGAGCCCCGGUCCCACCUCGCCUCCCAUCCUCCCUACCUCCACCACCACCCAAUCCCCGCCUGUGCCAGAACCCGUCACUCCACGGAAAGACAUCCCUCCUCCUCCUCGGCCUCCCAAGCUGCCAGACAACCAGCCCCCUGACAUCUGCGAUGGAGACUUUGAUACAGUGACCAUGCUGAGGGGGGAGAUGUUUGUCUUCAAGGGUCGUUGGUUCUGGCGGGUUCGGAGGAACCGCGUCCUCGAUAAUUACCCCAUGCCGAUAUCUGUAUUCUGGAACGGUCUCCCCACCGACAUUGACGCAGCGUACGAACGUCACGACGGCAAGUUUGUCUUUUUUAAAGGUGACAGAUUCUGGGUGUUCAGGGAGGCUGACGUGAUGCCAGGGUACCCACAGCCCUUAUAUCACUAUGGAAAAGGCGUUCCUCCACACGGGAUCGACACAGCGAUCUGGUGGGAGCCCAACGGGCACACGUACUUCUUCUCUGGAGACAGGUACUGGCGAUACAACGAGGAGACACGGACCACAGACCGCGACUUCCCCAAACCAAUUAGCAGAUGGGGCAGGAUCCCUCCCUCCCCCAAAGGAGCCUUCCUCAGCGAUGAUGGGGCUUACACCUAUUUCUACAAAGGCACCAACUACUGGAGAUUUGACAAUCGCAGAUCCGAAGCAGACAAAGGCUAUCCCCGCUCCAUCCUGAAGGACUUCAUGGGUUGCGUGGGGGUCCCCGACCCGAAGCCCGACGCAGACGCCGAGCCGGAAGACAAACCGGUCGAGCCUUCAGACCGAGGCAAAGACGAGCACAAAGAGCCAGACAGAGACGCAAACUCGGAGCGAGAGGAGACCGCUAAGCCUGACAGCACAGAGGAAGAGGAGGACAAAGAUGUGAACGUGGUCGUGGCUGUGGCUGACAAUGAAUCAAAGGUCAUGACCCUGAUUAUGGUGGUCGUUCCCCUGGUGCUCAUCCUGUGCAUCCUCGUCCUAAUCUAUGCCAUCCUCAGGACUCUUCAGAACAAAGAGACACCGAGGGCCUUGGUGCACUGCAAGCGCUCGCUGCAGGACUGGGUGUGACGCUCGAGUCGAAGAGAGAGUUCAGGUGUCCGUCGUUCAUCUGGUGCAGCCGUCCAGUUUUUACUUUUGGCGUUAGAGGAAAAGAAGCUUUGAAAAAGCUGACGAUGGGCCCGUUAGUCAUUGGGAGAACUUUCACUGCUCGUGUGACGUGAUAAAAAAAUUGUGAAUUCAGCGCCUGUGGAGCUUUAGCUCGGCCACAGGUUUUUCUACUGUGCCUCUCUCUGUGCCUUCCAAAAGUCUGAAAAGGUCCCCCCCCAAAAAACCCCUUUCUUUAAAAUAAGUUUUCACCAGGAAUGUGUGAUUGCAUCAAUUCCAACUGGACUGAGGACGUUUGGGGAUUAUUUGUAGUGUAAAUGCAGACCAAGUCUUUCGAGCACAUAUAUUAGAAGCAUAAACACGUUUGCUUGCAUUAAUAAGAAGCUUUUUAAUGAAGAUGCUUCAACAGUGUUUCUUCUGUUUAGAACAGAUCGUUUGCACUUUGCCGUCUCUGCAGGUUGAGCUCGUCCUCCAACAGCGCAGGAAUGUUCGACAGCUGUGUGUCCAUGACUUGCCCGCUUCCCACUGAGCCCAUUAUGUCUGACCUUUCCUGCACACAUGACACACAUUAGCUCAAAAACAGCUUGUAUCUGCACUGAUUUGUGCAUGCAUGUUCGCUCAUCCACCCGCAGCACGUAGCUUUUCUUUUCCUGCACAGACACUUGGGCUCCAGCCUCCCCUCCUCCUGCCGCAGCCUCUUGCAGACUGCAGCGCUACAAACACGAUCCCAGCGGAGACGUGCUGAUAUAUGGCCGGUGCCGGCGUUAGGAUUUAUUCGCCUUUUUAUGAGCGCUAUCGAGAAUUAUCGAGGUCUUUUAUAAAAUCUGCAGUGUCAGCCUGUGGAGAGUGGAAAAGCAACUGUGUCCUCUUUUUAUGUCUCUAUUGCUUUUUUUUAAUGCUAAACAGAGUUAAAGCUAAUUAUGUCUACGAGGGAGAGGCCUGAAGAAUGGGUGAGGGUCUGGUUUCCAUUAAGGCCACAUGUUGCAGAUUUAGGGCCGUCAGGCAUGAGGGGAGGCGGGGGAGUCGGGAAAAAUGCAGAAGGGGGAGUUAUAAAAAUGAUGGCGGUGAGUAAAGAGUAGAAGGGAAAUGAGAGGGAAGGAGAUGAGGAGAGGAGGAAAACGAAGGAGAGGGAGGGCUCUGUCAGUGUUUCCUCAGGUUUCUGCAUGAAAGGACGAGCGAGGGAAGGAAGGAAGGAGAAAGGGAGGUUAGAAGGAUUUGGAGGAGGAGCAAUGCUGGCGUUGUGCCUCCUGACCUACAUUGGGCCACUCGAGUCCGCUUCUCCUUUUCAGCUCUUGUUUCUGCUGCGCUCUGUUUUCAUGGCUACAGAUGACUGUCUGCUUUUUCUCUGCUCGCUGUUGUUUCUUUCACUCAUGUAUUUUCCCCGGUGUGUUCAUUUUCUCCUCCACUCUUCUGGAAAGUCAGCUCAAGCAUAUACAAGAUAAUGAAUCCACAGAAGCAUCUGCAGGACGGGAUCUCGUCUUAUUGUCUUUCCCGGCUCAUCGAUCAGCAUUUUAAACUUGUUAACCUUUGCAUCGAGUUUCGUUGUGACUUGUUUUCCCUCCUGUGGAUACUGCGGCGGCGUUUUUUAAAGAACUAUAUAAAUAGUACAGGGAAAUGCUUUCUUACUUUUUUACAUUAUCAUUUGUAGUUUUGCACAUUUUGUGUGCAUUCAGAUGUUUUGUUAGAGCAGCAGUAGAUUUUUUUUUUUUUGAUGAUGAUGAUGAUGAUGCAUGCAGGGCAUGUUUGAUAAGGCCUGUGCACUCCAGUGUAGAGUACAUCAAAGGUUUCACAAUAAAACUCAAAUAAAAAGCAA